CAAGUGCAAAUGCAAGAUUAGUUGGCUGGUCUCCCUGGUUCUUUCCAACGGACGGCUGAGGUUGUCAGGACCUGGCCCCGGCGGCGGCCGAGUGUCAGUGACGCUUGUCUAUACCGCUUUGGGACAUCGCGUGCCUGCGGCCCGUCUCCAUUCAUACUUUAUCUCGUCCGACUCCCCGCCUUCAGAGAUCAGGACGGAACUGAAUCGUCUCAUCUUCAUCUUCACUCGAGCCGCUCUUCAACUCGUUUGUCUUCUUCUUUGAAUGCUGGACAUUUUUUAAACCCCUUCUCAUAAAUCAUCGGUUUGGAUCUCGGGAGUACCCCAUACUCACCUCACCACCACAUCACGCAAUCACAACCACCAUGCCAAGACUUGAAGACAAUCAGGUCUACGAUGAGGAAGAUGACCUCCUCAACCGUAACCGCCGGAGGGUUGUGCGUCUCUGGGAAGACUUUGUCGGGUUCGCAUUUCAGGGAAAUGUCCUCGAGAUCGCUUUUGGUUUGAUCCUAGCCACAAUGUUUACAGCCCUCGUCACCUCCUUCGUUUCCGACAUUGUCCUCCCGCCCAUCUCAGUGCUUCUCCCACUGAACAAGAACUUGGAGGAGAAAUUCGCCGUUCUCCGGUCCGGAGCCAACCACCCGGAGGAAGGGUACAAUACCCUGAAGCAGGCGCAGGCGGAUGGUGCUGUUGUUAUGGCUUACGGAUUCUUCAUGAACCGCCUCCUCAACUUUAUGGGCGUCGGCUUCUCGCUUUACAGCAUCGCCUCCAUCUACCAGUGGAUGUCCAAGGACCCCAUCAUCAAGAAGACUGUUCCUUGCCCAUACUGCUGCAAGUUUAUCAACAUUAACUCAAUCCGCUGCGUAAACUGUACCUCCUGGCUCGACGGCCGCGAAGACAUGCUCCGACCAGUCCACAUCACCCCUCCUAGCAUCACCACCACCGGCACCGCGGGCGGCGCAGGACCUUCGUCCGCUUCGAAAUAGGGACGGUGGCAUCCGGAUCGUGAUACCAACCCCAACAACAUGAGCUUUGAUGACAUGACAACCAACAGUGCUUACCAAGGCGAUGGCUAUAGUGGGGCCGGGGCUGGGCCCAUGGGCGAUGGAGGUGGAGGUGCUGCUGGUGCUGGUGGAACAGGUGGUGGUGAUGGUGGUGACGGAGAUGGCGGUGGUGCGGCCAAUGGUGCUGAUGCGGGAGGAGGAGGGCCGGUGGGAGUAACUGGCUUCGGCUUUGGUGCUGCGUCUGUGUCAUAUGGGGCUUCGGUAUCUACAAAUCGAUUCGGAUCUUUUGGGGCUGGGGGUGCUGGUGCUGGUGCUGGUGCUGGUGUUGGUGCUGGGUCUAGGUUUGGGUCCCUUGGGGCUGGAGGUUCUUACGGCGGUGGAUCGAGGUUCGGGUCGUACGGCGGUGGGGGAGCUGGGGCAGCUGGAGGAG